AUGAACGGCAACCCCCUGGCGUGCCACCGGUUACACUUCUUUCGUGUCGUACAACCGCAUACGGAUGUAUCGCUGGGCAACUGCAGCUACCUGGACACGUGCAGGAACAUGCGCACUUGCAAGUACGUGCACUACCGACCCGACCCCGAGCCUGACGUACCCGGCAUGGGGGCGGAGAUUGCACGACUGCGCGCCAGCGUGCCCAAGUACCUCCAGGCGUUACAAGAGCCCCAAUGGAUUAACUGCGAUGUUCGUUCUUUCGACAUGACCGUACUGGGCAAGUUUGGAGUCAUUAUGGCGGAUCCACCAUGGGAGAUCCACCAAGAUCUGCCGUACGGUACGAUGAAGGAUGACGAGAUGCUGAGUAUGAACAUUGGCUGUCUGCAGGACAAUGGCGUCAUCUUCGUUUGGGUCACCGGUCGCGCCAUGGAGCUGGCGCGUGAGUGUCUAGCCAAGUGGGGCUACAAGCGGGUCGACGAGCUGAUCUGGGUCAAGACCAACCAGCUGCAGCGGCUCAUCCGCACGGGCCGCACCGGCCACUGGCUGAACCACUCCAAAGAGCACUGCCUGGUGGGCAUCAAGGGGAACCCGCAGCUCAACAGGUUCGUGGACUGCGACGUGGUGGUGGCGGAUGUUCGUGAGACGUCCCGCAAGCCUGACGAGAUGUACCCCCUGCUGGAGCGCCUCAGCCCGGGCACUCGGAAGCUGGAGAUCUUCGCCCGCAAGCACAACCUGGCCCACGGGUGGGUGGGUCUGGGUAACCAGCUGGAGACCAUCAACAUCGUGGAGCCGGACCUGCUGCAGAGGUUCAAGGCGCGAUACGGCUACGAGCCGCAACCCAAGACCAAGGGCUUCGUGGCGUAA